UACUCCAUCUAAACAACAAACACAUUUUAAACUUUGGAAAAUGGUCAAGUCUACCAACUUAGCCCGCUCUAUUCGUAACAUAUUUUAGUUUUGGGAACACAAAACGGUAUUGAGAUCAAAUGUUUCAUGAUGAGAAAUUUUUCUGAAUAUCGGCCAAAUUCCAUCUCCUUCCUACUUGGAUUCCUCUCAUCACCUUGGUGUUGAGUGGAAAUGUCAACCGGAUACUUCAGAUUUUGUACAUUCGGUGAAACAUCUGGUUUUACUGUUCUAUCUGUGUCAAAAUCCUGACAGCUGGCUUGUAUUUUAAUCAGGCAUCGACAUAGGCGUUCUGUUUUUGGGGGUCCUUGCGUUAGUUCCUGGUCCACGUAUGAGACUGAUCCAAACGCUCAUAUUUACCUAACAAAGAUUUACCAGAUAAUGUGUAAAUGUGACACUAUAGUCCAUCUGUUGAUUAUUCAUCCCGGUCUAUAAAUUGUCUGGGAUAUUUAUUUAUUUUUAGUUUUGGACGUCGCUGUUGUUAUACGGAUGCAGAAUGUCUUGGUUGGCUGACCUGGCAGGGAAAGCUGAAGACUUCCUGAAUAAAGUGGAUGCAGGAGCUGCCAGCCUGACCAAACCCCAAGGCCGCACCUCCUCCUUCUCCUCAGCCUACGAUGCUCCCGACUCCACUGAAACCUCUCAGUACAGUAGCACCGGCUACAGCACCAACACAUCAGAGACACAGCAACACCCCUAUGGGAACUCCACCUCCCACAACGCACCAGGAUCUGGUUUCAUUACUGCAGCUGCUGGCAACAUCAAAAAAUCCAAAGGUUCCCUGUUGACUAGCUCAGCCACAGUCUCCACUACCAGCACCCUUCCCCUGGGGUCUUCCAGCACUGCCUCCUCCUCCAGCUCCAUCAAACCCUCCUCCAGCUUUGUGAGGCCUAGUAAGAAGAGUCAGAGUGAGCAAGAUGUAGAUGAUGACCUGUUGUUUGACUUCCUUAACAGCUCAGACCCUCCGGCGGCCAACGAGAGGCGGGAGGUCAGACCAAGAGAUCCUCUCAGAGUAUCUCCUGAAGGAUCAGGCUCCCCACAGCCAGCACCUCCUGUCUCGGCUGCUGCCCCCAUCAUGGUCCCCUCAGCCCCCUCCACGCCCCCCUCCCUACGGGGCAUGUCGCGAACCUCCAGCUACAGCUCUCUGUCCACCAGUACUCACAGUGCCAAAACAGGGGGUUCGGAGGAUGGCUCUGCCAAAGAAAGUCAAGACACACCUGAUGGUUCUGACUCUGGGUUGGCUGUUCCCCAGUCUAUCACCUACCUAUCAGAGUCUCCGGCCACAUACGAGGCCCCUCCCCCAGCCCUGGCCCCGCCCCCUAUAGAGGAGCAGCAGAGUCAGAUGAUGUCCAGUCUGCGUUUGGAGAACCAGCUACUGAGGUCAGAGGUCACCUCCCUCAACCAGGAACUGGCAUCCAUCAUCCAGAGAGCCAAAGACACUCAGGAGGAAUUGAACCAGGCACGGUUACGCACAGAGAAGUGGAAUUCGGACCAGUCUCGCACAGACCGCGCGGUCAGGGAGCUGCGGUCGCAGGUUGAUGACCUCACAGAGGCCCUCGGUGCUAAGGACGGGCAGUUGGCCGUGCUGAAGGUCAGGCUAGAUGAGGCAGAUCAGUUACUGAAGUCACGGAGCUCUGCUCUGGAGGAGGCACAGACUGAGAGGUCCCGGAUCCUCCAGGACCACACAGAAGGAAGCAGUAUGCAGUCCCAGGCCAUGACGACCAUGCAGGAGAGACUGAGGGAGGCAGACAUGGCUCUACGCAGGGAACAGGAUGGCUAUAGACAGAUGCAGAGUGAGUUUGCGGUGCGGUUAUCCAAGGUGGAGGCGGAGAGGCAGACGCUAGCGGAGGCGGUGACGGGCGCAGAGAGACGGGCGUCGGAUGACAAGCACCGGGUCGAGGACCUCCAACAGCAGAUGAGGAGUGCCCGGAACGCAGCCGAGACUGCCAAGCAGGAGUUACAGGACUAUAAAAGCAAAGCCUCCCGCAUACUACAGUCCAAAGAGAAGCUGAUCAGCAGCCUGAAGGAGGGGUCAGGCUUGGAUGGUCUGGAAGGAGGAGGAGCCGGACUUUUGGAGCUGGAGGAGCUUAGACAUGAGAAGGAGCUGCAGAGAGACGAGAUACAGAAACUACAGGGACAGAUGCAGACACUCCGUGCUGAGAUACAGGACUUGGAGGUAGCGGCCCUGACUGAGGCAGAGACGUGGAGAGAGCAGCAGCUGGAGAACCAGGAGCAACAGGCCCGACAGACCAGAGCCAAGCAGGAAGUGGAGGCCGAGGUGGAGCGCUACAAACAGGAGCUACAGUAUGUCGAGGAGGAAAACCACCGUGCCAAGACCACACUGCAGAGUCGCAUCAAGGAUCGGGAAGAUGAGAUCCAGAAACUCAGAAACCAGCUGACCAAUAAGGCUCUGAGCAGCAGUAGCCAGGUGGAGCUAGAGAGCAGGUUACACCAGCUGACGGAGACUCUGAUCCAGAAACAGACCAUGUUGGAGUCCCUGGGAACAGAGAAGAGCUCGCUGGUCUUCCAGCUAGAGAGGCUGGAGACCCAGCUGAAGAACACCCAGGGAGGAGGAGGGCAGACCGGGGGGCCGGCCAUUAACAUGAGCAGCAUGGAGAGCCCAGGGACACGACAGAGGAAUGCACCAGUCCUGUUCAACGACCACGACAGUCCAGGAGUGUAUGGACAGGUACGCAAGGCAGCCAGCACCAUCGACCGGUUCAGCAUCCGGUUAGGAAUCUUCCUGAGACGCUUCCCCAUGGCUCGGGUCUUGGUAAUACUGUAUAUGGCACUACUGCACCUGUGGGUCAUGAUCGUUCUUUUGACCUAUUCUCCAGAGAUCCACGACCAUCCUGCGGGGACAUAGAACUCAAGGCCUGAACGAUGUCAUGAUAGAGCUUUAUAAAUGUGUAUAUAUAUAUAUAUAUGUUGUUGUGAUCUGGGGUAAGGUGAAGAUGUGUUCCCUUUGUCAUCAGACUAGCCUGGUGCCAGAUCUGUUUUGUGCUGUUCAGACCUGCCUACCAUGCACACAACUUUAGGUCAAAAGUGUGUGGUGGGUGGGUGGGGGGGGGGGGCUUUAAAAUAACACAUAUAGGCUUUUUAAAUCGGCGAAUUGUGGACCUUCACUCAACCGUCAGAAGUUGGAGCUGAGCUAAUCAGAAGAGGAAAAAUGUCUCAGCUACAGCCGGUGGCCCUAAAGUCACAGAACCAUUUCUCAGGCUGGAUGACAGGUCUCCGCCACAUCCGUUGAUUCCGGCUGAUGUGUGAAGGGGGUUAAAAAGGAGAACGAAUUGUUUUGCUUAAUUAAUACAUUUUCCAAAAUUGUGUGUUUAGUCAAGCACAUAACCACUAUUAUUUUGUAGUUAGCACCUUGGUUAAGGCGUCAUUACGACGAACGUAAGUUAGCUACAGCAUUUAUUAAAUGAACCGAGAACAUUUUCUUGACUGCACACGUUUUUGCUCUCGGUAACAGGAGAGUGUUGAAGGGGGGGGGGGGAUGUGCGCGUCGUUGCGCGGAUAGGAAACGGUCAUGGCAGAGAGAGUUCCUCCACCCGGUACCGUCCUUCACAGAAAGUUAUGUUCGGACGUUUUUAACGAUUACUAGGCCAAUGUUAAUGGAUCAGUUGUACGAUCUGUCCUCUUGAUUAUAGCUAGAUGUCAACAGUAGGCUGCUAAUGCUGUAGUAAAUCAGUUCACCAAUGACAACGAGGCAUGUUGAAUGAAUGGUAGAUGGAUUAGAUCAGGGAUAGAGAUCUGGAAACCAGUUGAGGUAGCUCUAAUCCAGUUGAGGUAGCUCUAAUCCAGUUGAGGUAGCUCUAAUCCAGUUGAGGUAGCUCUAAUCCAGUUGAGGUAGCUCUAAUCCAGUUGAGGUAGCUCUAAUCCAGUUGAGGUAGCUCUAAUCCAGUUGAGGUAGC